AUGCUUGAAUGUAUAUUUCAGCACUUACAAUCGACAUUGGAAACAAUGAAUUUUCAUUAUCGAGAACAAAGAUGGGGACGUUAUUCAUUGGCAUUUGCAGUUGGUACCAAUCGAUCGUACAUGAAUAAUCAAUUAGAAUUAAAUGAAAAAAUAUCAUGUUUUAUUAAUGAUCAUGUACAAAAAGUCGAAAGAUCCUAUCGUUUUAAAAUUGAAGAAAAAUUUAAGAAAAAGUUGAUUGUUGUCGUCAAUCGAAUAAAUCAAAUGUUACCAUCAUCAUCAUCAUUAACAUCUUCAAUUGCUACAACAUCACCUGAAGAUAAUUUAAGAUCCAAUGGGAGGUUAUUUUCAUCUAAAAUGAACUCUUCCACAACAUCAUAUUUAUAUAAUGUUGGCCAAUCCGAACAAUUCAUUCCACAUCCUGUACCAUCAUCAAUUAAUCAAAAGUUGCAUGGAAAUGUAGAUGAAGCACAAUUAACAACAUCAUCAACAAAAAUGUGUUAUAAUGAAUUUGAUACAUUUGAUAUGGAUAACGAAGAAUUACAUUUAAACCGAACAUAUGGACCAGAUAAUGGAAUAUCAUAUAAUUCAUCAACUAAUCAAGUAUCAACGCAAAUAUUAAAUCCAAACAUAAGACAUAUCUCAACAUCAAUAGAUAUUAUGAAUUUAUCACCACAUAUGAAAAUACAAGUAUGGUUUUUUUGUUUAUCCAUCAGAUUCAAUAAAUCCAAAUGGAAUGAUCAUUUCAAAUCCUGGUGGUCCAUCAUAUUCAUCAAAAUUUUACUACCUCUACCACUAUCAUUCAAUACAAUGCAACAGCAUCUUCAUCAUUUACCACCUCUACAUUAUAUUAAAAUGCAAAAUAUGGAUCCAUUACUUGCUCCACCCUCUAAUCAUCAACAACAAUAUAUGGAUCCAUUAUUUGCUCCACCAUCCAAUCAUCAACAACAAUAA